AUGUCCAACACAAGCUCAUCCAGCGCAGUGGCUGCAACAGACCUAGGGAGGUACCUGAUGCGACGUGAGCUGGUGAGUUCGGGCCUGCUGAAGUUUGAGGACAAGGCAGAGAACUACUGGGCCUGGAAGGCAUCUUUCAUCAGCUCCACCGACGACCUAAAACUCUCUCCCAGAGAGGAGCUUGAUCUGCUGUGCAAAUGGCUGGGGCCUUCGUCGUCUGAGCAAGCUAAAAGAAUCAGAGCGGUGCACAUUCACAAUCCACCUUCAGGCCUCAGGAUGUUAUGGCAAAGACUGGAAGAUGUGUAUGGCUCACCAGAGGUGAUUGAAAACGCUCUUCUAGGAAAACUUGAAGAAUUUCCUAAAAUCUCAGUCAAAGAAAACCACAAGCUAAGAGAACUGGGAGAUAUUCUCAUGGAACUUGAAGCAGUCAGGGCAGAUGGAUUCCUACCUGGUCUUGCAUACCUCAACACCUCCCGUGGAGUAAACCCAAUAGUCCAGAAACUCCCGUCCAACCUGCAAGAGAGGUGGAUUACUGUAGGAUCACGUUACAAGGAUCAGCACAGAGUACCAUAUCCUCCUUUUUCAGUCUUUGUCAACUUUGUCUGUGAACAAGCAAAAACACGCAACGAUCCUAGCUUUGCUAGCAUAACAGAAGCAUGGCGUACAACAAAGACAGAAAAGAGUGUUUUCCAGCCGUCCAGUCAUCACACAAGAACAUCAGUUGCUGUGAGUAGGACUGAAAUCUCAACAAGUGGCGACGAUAACAACACAGCAGCCAGGAAACAUGAUGACCCAGACAAACAGUGUCCACUACAUAACAAGCCUCAUCCAUUGAGAAAAUGUCGUAGCUUCAGAAACAAAACUCUGGAAGAAAGAAAAGCGUAUCUGAAGGAAAAACACAUCUGUUUCAAAUGUUGUGCGUCGUCCACUCAUGUUGCUAAGGACUGUGGGAAGACUGUGCUGUGCCAGGAGUGCAACAGCGACAGACACCCAGCAGCUCUACAUCCAGGUCCUGCUCCAUGGAAAACCGAGGCCCAUGUGAGUACCAUGGAUCACAGCGGGGAGCGGCAGACGCUCGAAGCCAUUCCGUCUGUGACGUCGAAAUGCACGGAAAUCUGUGGAAGUGUGAACACUUCAAAAUCAUGCUCCAAAAUCUGUCUUGCAUUAGUGUAUCCUGCAGGUCAAAGACACCUAGCCAUGAAGACCUACAUUGUUCUUGAUGAGCAGAGCAACAAGUCGCUAGGCAGAACAGAAUUCUUUGAACACUUUGGAAUUCAAGGCACAGGAAAACAAUACACUUUGAAGACGUGCUCAGGAGUGGUGGAUACGGCCGGACGGCGAGCCAGCAACUUCAUGGUGGAGUCAUUAGACGGCAACAUCCACAUUCCUUUGCCUACGCUGAUUGAGUGUGACAUGCUGCCAGACGACAGGUCUGAAAUACCGUCACCAGAUGCAGCCAGACAUCAUCCUCACCUCAAACACUUGGCAGACAAAAUCCCAGUCCUCGACCCAGAAGCGUCCAUCCUCCUUCUCCUCGGAAGAGACCUAAUUCAGGUGCACAAAGUGCGAGAACAAUGUAACGGGCCACACAAAGCACCGUUUGCCCAACGACUCGACCUGGGAUGGGUGAUAAUCGGAGAUGUGUGUCUAGGAAGAGCACACAAACCCACCACUGUCAACAUCUUCAGAACCAGUGUGCUGAUAAGCGGGCGCCACUCCCUCCUCAGCCCAUGCAACAGCAGCUUAACAGUCAGAGAGAAGAUUGACAGUGCUGUGCCACCCCACACCUCUCCAUGCGUGUCUCCUGCAACCAAUGAAAUAGACAGCCUGGGCAGAAACGUGUUUCAAAGAACACAGCGUGACGACCAAGUUGGCCUUUCCAUCGAAGAUGAGUUGUUUCUUGACCUCAUGGAUAAGGAAGUCUACAUGGACAACGCAAACUGCUGGGUAGCACCGCUGCCAUUCAGGCCAAAUAGGCCGCGCCUGCCCAACAACAGACAGCAUGCUGUCAACCGUCUCGCCUCCCUCCGUCGCAUGCUGGAGAAGAAAAGUGCCAUGAAAGAACAGUUCUUCAACUUCAUGCAAGCCAUGUUUGACGCAGACCAAGCAGAGCCUGCUCCAGAGCUGAGGCCUCAACAAGAGUGCUGGUACCUACCAAUAUUCGGUGUUUAUCCCCCACAGAAAAAGGACCAGAUACGGGUAGUGUUUGAUUCCAGUGCGAAGCACGAAGGUACCUCCCUCAAUGACGUCCUUCUCAGUGGGCCUGACAUGAACAACACCUUACUGGGGGUCCUGAUGCGCUUCCGCAGAGAGCCUGUAGCAGUAACAGCCGAUGUGCAGCAGAUGUUCUACUGCUUCAUUGUCCAGAAAGAGCAUCGAGAUUUUCUGAGAUUUUUGUGGUUUGAAGAUAACAACCCAACCAAACGCAUCACUGAGUACCGGAUGAAGGUACAUGUUUUCGGCAACUCUCCUUCCCCUGCGGUAGCCAUCUACAGCCUGAGAAAAGCAUCCCUGCAUGGAGAAAAGGAACACGGCAGCGAAGCCAGACAGUUUGUCAUGAGAAACUUCUAUGUUGAUGAUGGGCUAUCCUCAUUCCCCACUGAAGAAAAGGCCAUUGCCGUCCUGCAAAGUACAAAAGAAAUGUUAGCAGAGUCAAGCAUUAAGCUACACAAAAUAGCCUCUAACAGCCGCACUGUGAUGGAUGCCUUUCCGCCUGAGGAGCGGGCCAAAAACUUAGUGGAUCUGGAGCUAACUGCUGACCCCUUGCCACUGCAGCGCAGCUUGGGACUCACCUGGAACUUGCAGUCAGACACAUUCACUUUCCGUGUAUCCAGAGAGAAGAAGCCAUUUACUAGAAGGGGAAUCCUGUCUACUGCAAAUGGGCUUUACGACCCCCUGGGCUACGUGGCACCUGUCACAAUUCAAGGAAAGGCCUUAGUCAGGGAGCUGUCUGCCGAACAAGCUGAAUGGGAUGCUCCUCUGCCAGCGCUAAAAGAGGAACAGUGGAAAAUGUGGACCGACUCACUCCAUGAGCUUGAGCAGCUUCAGAUUGAAAGAACCUAUGUGCCUGUUUCUUUGUGCUCCACCAAACAUAGAGAACUCUGUGUCUUCUCUGAUGCUUCCACUAUGGCCAUAUCAGCAGUGGCCUAUCUUAAAGCAACAGAUGAAAAUGGACACACUCACAUUGGAUUCGUCAUGGGCAAGUCAAAGCUGGCACCUCAUCCUCCACACUCUUCCCAUAUGGGUGGAGUGUGGGAACGGAUGAUAGGCAUUGCCCGCAGAAUACUGGAUGCACUGCUUUUAAAGACAAACACUGCCCGUCUGUCUCAUGAAGUUUUGGUCACACUCAUGUCUGAAGUCAUGGCCAUUAUGAACGGCAGACCCCUUGUUCCAGUGUCAUCUGAUCCAGACAUGCCUACAGUCCUUACACCUUCCAUGCUGCUAACACAGAAAGUCAACCCAGUGCUUCCACCCACUGGAGAGUACGACCUUAAAGACUUAUACAUCAAGCAGUGGAAGCAGGUACAGGCGUUGGCCGACGCAUUCUGGAAACGCUGGCGUCAAGAAUACUUGGUUUCCCUCCAGCCAAGGAGAAAGUGGCACGUUGAAAAGCCAAACCUGAGCGAAGGAGAUGUUGUGCUGCUCAAGGAUGCACAGGGCAAGCGGAAUGAAUGGCCUGUCGGAGUGGUGUUGAAUGCCAUUCCCAGCAAAGACUCUAAAGUUCGCAAAGUAGAUGUGAGGGUGGUCAGACAGGGUACUCAACGGGUGUAUUCUAGACCAGUCUCUGAAGUUGUUCUACUUGUAAAAGGGGAAUAGUGUCAUAACGCAUUAUAACAAGCGGGGAGUGUGCUGUUCUGAUGUUUAUUUGGUGAAAGGGAGACCCCUAGUGGUCAACUUUUAACGCAAUGUUUUUGUACUAGCAGUCUUGCCGUAGUUCGACGAUGCAUGUGAACCAACAGUCACGUACUUUUUCUCUUUUGUAUUGGUUGGCCAGAAAACACGUUUGCCUGUAAGUAGAUGUCAUACAGCUAUCUUGUCAUGGAAUUAAAUUAGUUCAGAAUGUAUAUUUUGAUCUUUUAUGCUAAUCGCGAGCAUCUUAAUGUAAUUUCCAAUAGACGUUUGCCCUAAGCUAACGUAUAUGUUAAUGUUUGUUAUGAAACGUUUUAAACGGACAAUAGAUGAAUACUGUUCUUGAACGUCUGUAUGAGAUACUGAAAGAUGUAUUUUGUAUCUGUCCAGUUUUACAGUGCUUACCAAGUAAAGUUUGGAAAGGAAACAAGCUGCUUCAUUCUUUAUAAGGGAAAACUGUUAUCUAUCUGCCGAGCUGACGCAACAGGCUAGUUCGCGCCACACACACAAGGAAGCGGG